AUGGCAGAGGCAAAGAAGAAAUCCCAAGGUCGCCGUCGAGUCGAGUGCAAGAUCAUCGAGAACAAAAACAAGCGCGAGGUCACCUUCUCCAAGCGUCAUCAGGGCAUGUUCCGGAAGGCAAGCGAGCUCGCCAUCCUGUGCGGCGCCGAGGUGGCGAUCGUCACCUACUCGCCCCAUGGCAACCCCUUCGUCUUUGGCCACCCAGGCGUGGAUGCCGUCAUCAACCGUUAUAUGCCCGAUGGAGUUGUUACCGAAGUGAACGAGGCAGCGGCUGCUGCUGCUGCACUCCGAGCUGUGGACAAGCAUAAGAAGGAAUACCAAGACGCCAUGUCGAAGCUUGAAGAGGUGAGAAUGGCCGAGGUCGACGCCGGAAAGAGAGGAGCUGCUGGGAAUUCUGAAGAUCAGAUGUGGUGGAAUGAGAAUGUUGAUGAUAUCAUGGGAGUGGAAGAGUUGGAUUAUUAUGCGGAUUCCCUGGAGAGGUUGAUGAAGAUGGUCGCCGAUAGAGUAGAUAAUAAACCCUGUGCAUGA